AUGAGUGCAAAGGUCAGCAACAUGGUAAGUAUUAUCUACCGCAUCACUUGCCAACGACCACCUAUCUCACUUUUCAAUCUUACAGGUCAUACAAAAGCUCCGCGAGCCAGCAAGUCAACAACUAUGAAUGCUGAAGUGGUUCGGUAUAUCCAAGAUAUUGUUGUUUUCUUGCGUCUCAGUCGCGCAGUUGCUGGUGGAAUAUCUGCAAGGGCAAACAAUCAAUUCGCUCAACUCGCACAAUUCCUGACGCCGUUACAUGGAAUCGAUUAUCUCACACCUUCAAUCGUGGAAUUGGCUGCUAGAAAGGUAUUUCGCCAUCGUAUUAUUGUUGCCUCUCCCGGUGAUGAUCGAAGCCUCCAAUAUGGAAGUGAUCUAGUCACAGUCUCCCGUGUACUAGCUGAAGUGACACCGGACUCAGUUUUGGAUGGUGUACUCGAGUUGGAGCCACCGAUAUAA